CGGCCUGUCACUCCGCCUCGGGCGCCCCCCUCCGCUCCCCAUUCAUGCAGUUUGGUUGCGUCUCGGUGUAUUUUAGCGUUUGCAAUAAAGAGGGAUUUUUUGUUUUGUUUUGUUUUGCACAGGUCCGGUUGCACUUAAUUCGUUGCAAACUCGCCCAGCUCCUGCACCGCACUCGGACCCGGGGGGCGGGGGGACGGGGGGGGGAGGGUCCGGGCUCGCUCCCGAGCGGUGGUUUUUCCUUCUUUUCAUUAAUUUUUCGGUGUCCGACAUUGGAAAAGCUCCCUCCUGCCAGGUGCCACCAUGCCCAAGAGAAAGGCUGCGGCGGAAGGGGCGGUGAAGGAGGAGCCCAAGAGGAGGUCCGCCAGGUUGUCGGCCAAGCCCGCGCCUCCCCCCAAACCGGAGCCCAGGUCCAAAAAGGCAGCGGCGCCCAAGAAGGAGAAGAAGGGCAACAACAAGGAAGAGAAGAAGGCCCCCGCCGCCCGAGGGAAGAAGGGAGCCAGGGCCAAGGAGGACGCCAAGCGGGACGAUGCCAAGGAGGAGAACCACUCUGAGAAUGGAGACGCCAAAACUAACGAGGUCCCGGCUCCCGACGCGUCCGCCGAGAAAGCCGCCAAGCCCGAGUGACCCCGCGCCCUCCUCCGCUCCGGCCCCGGGGCCCCCGCGGCCGGGCCGCCUUGUCCACAGAGAGGAAUAUUUUUAUCAACUAUUUUAUAAACGGCGGUUUUUUUAGCCCGGAUCGGACGAUGGCGCGUCUCGGCGGCCGGGGGCGGGGGGGCCCCCCCCCGAGCGCACCCGGGAGACGCCCGGCCUCCGUCCCUUGUCGGUUUCGCGGCCGUCCCCCGGGGAGUAGGCGGUCGGAGGUCUCGGCCGCCCGUCCGCGCGUCCCCCGCUCCCCUCCCGUCCGGCCCCCUCCCGCCCGCGUCGUGCGGCGUCCUUAAGUCGGGGAGGUCUCGACCGUCAAACCAGCGCGCGGUUGCGCGCGCGUCAAACAUUCCAGGGGCCGGGUAGGUGCUUUUAUAAUAGUGAUAACGAUAAUGACGACGACGACGGUAUCUGUUGAGCGCUUGCUAUGUGCCGGGCACUGUACCGAGCGCCGGGGUGGAUACCGUCGCUCGGCUCUUAUCCCGGGGCGAUUCUAUUUUGCCAGUUGGGGGCGGGAGGGGGGAGGGGGUAGAAAUCAAAAACGCGAUCCUGUUUUUAAAGGAAAGACAGAUGUUUAUUUCCCCAGGGCAGGUCGGUUUUUGUGGUUCUCCACGGGUAGGAAUUUUGCCGCAUUUCUCGUAAUAAAAAAGACCCCUCAAGAGU